CACAAAACCGGCUCACACUAGUGUUGCGUUCGCGCACCGAGCAACUCGCUUUUAUAUUCAAUUGACCCUGUUUACUUAUUGUGAUCUUGACGAAAGGUCGAUAAACCUUUCCUAUAUAUUGCUUGUGCCUGGGCUGAUUAAGUGUAUCGUUCGCCGUAUCCCCUUUGUUCAACUUAUGGACCAUUGAAGCCGGUAAAAAUGGUUGAAGUGAAAAUAACAGAGGAUAUAAAAAUUGGCGGCGAUAAUCCAUGCUUCAUAAUAGCCGAAGUUGGACAGAAUCACCAAGGUGACAUUGAGACAGCAAAGAAACUAAUAAAGGCGGCUAAGGAUUCUGGUGCAAGCUGUGUAAAAUUUCAAAAAACAUGUCUAAAAGAGAAAUUUACAAAUAAAUAUUUAGAACGCCCAUACGAAAAUGCGAAUUCGUGGGGCAAGACUUAUGGUGAGCACAAACGACACUUAGAAUUCAAUGAAACUCAGUACAGAGAACUGUUUAAAUAUGCUCAAGAAAUUGGCAUACCGUUCACUGCAUCAGCUAUGGAUAUGGUAUCAUUCGAUUUCCUAGUGAACCUGAAAGUGCCCUUUAUCAAAAUUGGUUCCGGAGAUUCCAAUAACCUACUAUUUUUGAAAUAUGCUGCAUCGAAGAAAAUCCCACUCAUAAUAUCUACUGGAAUGGUCGACAAAUCGGCCGUACAAACGAUAUACGAUAUAAUUUCGGUGCAGCAUAAAAGGUUCUGCCUGUUGCAUUGCAUAUCAGCAUACCCGGUGCCAUUCGAAGACUGCAAUCUAACGGUGUUACAAGAUUAUAAGAAUACAUUUGAUGUUCCUGUGGGAUAUUCUGGACAGGAAGUGGGCACAGCUGUCGCAUUGGGAGCUAUUGCUUUAGGCGCUAAGGUAUUGGAGAAGCACAUAACAUUGGACAAGAGUCUCAAGGGCACUGACCACGUCUGCUCGUUGACUCCCACAGAAUUUAAGCAGCUGGUAAGAGAUGUGCGAGUCAUUGAAGCAUCACUCGGAACACCUAUCAAAAGAGUCGUCACUUCAGAAAUUCCCUGCAUCGACAAACUGCAAAAAUCAUUAGUCAUGGGCUGCACGAAGAAUAAAGGAGAAAUAAUUUACCCUGGCGAUGUAAAAAUAAAAGUGGCAGAACCUAAAGGCCUCAAUGCCUUACACUUCGACGAUGUAAUUUAUAAGACCUUAGUUUAUGAUAAAAAAGAAGACGAACCUCUCAACGAAGGUGAUUUUUGUUAGAAAGGCUUGUCGCAGCGAUAAAGAAAUGUGCUCAAAAUAUCACAAACUAACUUCUCUAUUAUGUACUUUUAUGCCUUAUUAAUAAAAGCAGUGUAAGGUUACUCCAAGUUUAAAAUUACUUCUCCCUGUCAUGUAAUUCUGUAGUGACAAAGGUAAGAUAAAGACAAAAAGUUUUAAACUUGCACUAACUUUACACUGUGUUUAUUAAUAAAGCAAUUUAUGUCUUAUUAAUAAACGCGAAGUAAAGUUACUUCUCCCUGUCAUGUAAUUCCGUACUAACAAAGUUACGACAAACACGAAAAGUUUUAAAUUUCGAAUAACUUUACUUCGCGUUUAUUUAUAACACAGUUAAUAUUUCGCCAAAUACAUUAUACCCACUGUCCAGUGUUAAAACCGUUAAGUUUCGAAAACCACUUCGCGUGACGACACGAGGCAUCUUCAGGCGCUGGCGGGUCAACAUCUCUCUCAUGAGAGAUACAAAUAAUAUAGUCUUCUGUGUCUCUUUCUUUACUUCUUGAUCUCUAAUACCACGUCCGUGACGUCACGUUACGUCAAACGUAUUUCAAAUUGCUGUUUUGGUAGAUAUGACAAUGGUAACUGUAGGUAUUUAGUUUUUAUAUUUUUUUAACUAAUCAUUGAAAACACUAACAUUAGUAAACAUACGAAAUAAUUAUCUUCAUUGUUAUAACCAUAAUAAAUUUUAUGAUACUCAUUAUGUUAUAUAUA